GUCCCGUUACGACACACCGUUACGUUAUUCCAAUCAGAAUUACGGGAUAGCGAAAGGAGCGCAAGGAAUCGGUCUCUAAAUAGGUUUUAAUGCAACCACCUGCCGUUGUUAAUCAAAGGAUAUUCGGGUAAUAGCCCCCGUCGUCCUUCACCGUUAUCAGUUGGACCCCCGUUGUUUGUUUAAGUGCGACUCCAUUUUUUCGCGAGUGUUUUCUUCGGUUAUAUAAGUGAGAUUUUGACGGUUAGCAAUCUUAAAGCCAUUUAAGGAGUAUAUUCCUCGCCAAAAAGAGCAAACAAACUAGCGGCACAGCGAUGGCGUCUACUACUAAUGCACCGUUAUCACCUGCAAUUAAGCACUAACAAAAUAACAAAAGCACCAAGUCACAUUAAAAACUACAACACAAAACCCAAAAAUAAACCAACUAAAACACAACCGAAAGGGGUUAACAUGCGAUUUGUUUAGCCACCCAAAAAGGUAUGCUACGAAAAUGUCCAGUGAGUUGCUAGUUACCUGAACGCAACACUAGGUGGCGUCAAAAAAGUGAAAGCUGAGGAAAAUUUUGAGAAACAGAAACGGAAGUGAUAGAGCACACUUGGGCGCCCACACACACACACAUACCCACACAGCACCCUCGCACACACAAAUAUAAUACUCUGUAAUAAAUCGAAAUAAUAAUUAAACGCAAUCAUGGCCAACACAGCUCAGUUAUUGCGUCGCCAAAGCUCCCGGGAUAUAGUCCUCAAAAGCCAGAAGAGCAUCGAUCAGCUGGAAUUGAGGGAACUGCGAGGUCGCCUGGUAACGAAGGAGCAUGGCGUCAGCCACCACCACCACACAUCCUUGCACCACCACCAGCCACUUUAUGGGGCCACCAACCAGGGAUUCAUGUCGGACGCCUUCGACGAGUCCUCGGAACUGGAGCAGGACCCGCCGCCCUUCGGCUCGGAGGCGAGCACCUCGAAGGCCAAGGCCGAGCUGGUGGCCAACGCCUCCUCCGCUGCGGAUCAGCAGGACAUCGUCGAGGGCGAGAAGGAGGGCGAGGAGCGCGAGUCCUGGGACAGCAAGAUCAUGUUCCUGCUGGCCACCAUCGGCUAUGCCGUCGGCCUGGGGAACGUGUGGCGCUUCCCGUACUUGGCCCAGAAGAAUGGGGGCGGGGCCUUCCUGGUGCCGUAUUUCAUAAUGCUGUGCAUCCAGGGCAUACCCAUCUUCUACCUGGAACUGGCCAUUGGCCAGCGGCUGCGAAAAGGAGCGAUUGGCGUUUGGAGCCAGGUGUCGCCGUAUCUGGGCGGGAUCGGGAUCUCGUCGGCGGUGGUUAGCUACAUAGUGGCCCUGUACUACAACACGAUCAUCGCCUGGUGCCUGAUCUAUCUGCUGCACAGCUUCGAGUCGCCAUUGCCGUGGGCCGACUGUCCGACGAGGCUGUACAAGAACUUUACCUACGAUCACGAGCCGGAGUGUGUGGCCUCGUCGCCCACGCAGUUCUACUGGUACCGCACCACCUUGCAAUGCUCGGAAUCGGUGGACCUGCCGGAGAACUUCAACUACCACAUGGCCAUCGCCCUGAUCGUCUCCUGGUUCCUGGUCUACAUCUGCAUGGUGCAGGGCAUCACAUCGUCUGGAAAGAUCGUCUACAUGACCGCCAUAUUCCCCUAUGUGGUGCUCAUAAUAUUCUUCUUCCGGGGAAUCACCCUGAAGGGAGCCGCCGACGGGGUGGCCCACUUGUUCACGCCGCGGUGGGAGACCCUCUUGGACCCGGUGGUUUGGCUGGAGGCCGGCACCCAGAUCUUCUUCUCGUUGGGCCUGGCCUUCGGCGGACUGAUAGCCUUCAGUUCGUACAAUCCGGCCAACAAUAACUGCUACAGGGACGCCAUCCUCGUGUCGCUGACGAACUGCGGCACCUCCAUGUUCGCGGGGGUGGUGGUCUUCUCGGUCAUCGGGUUCAAGGCCACCGCGACCUUUGACCGCUGCACCGAGGAGCGCAACGGGCUGAUGGCCCAGAACAAGACGCACAACCUGCCCAUAUGCGAUCUGCAAACCGAGCUGGCCAAUAGUGCUUCGGGCACAGGAUUGGCCUUCAUUAUCUUCACGGAGGCGAUCAAUCAAUUUCCGGGCGCCCAACUCUGGGCGGUUCUGUUCUUCCUGAUGCUCUUCACCCUGGGAAUCGACUCGCAAUUUGGAACUUUGGAGGGCGUGGUCACCUCGCUGGUGGACAUGAAGCUAUUCCCCAAUCUGCCAAAGGAAUAUAUUGUGGGGGCCCUCUGCUUUUCCUGCUGCCUGAUUUCCAUGUGUUUCGCCAACGGAGCUGGCAGUUACAUUUUCCAGCUGAUGGACAGUUUCGCCGGCAAUUUCCCGCUGCUGAUCAUCGCGCUUUUCGAGUGCCUGUCGAUCAGCUACAUUUAUGGGGUGCGGCGAUUCUCGGACGACAUAGAGAUGAUGACCGGAUCGCGGCCGAACUUCUACUGGAUGUUCUGCUGGAAGUAUCUGUCGCCCUGUGCGAUGGUCACCAUCCUGCUGGCCUCCUUCUACCAACUCCUGACCGAGGGCAGCAGCUAUCCCGCCUGGAUCGGAGCCAAGGGCGCCUCCGAAAACCAGGAGUGGCCCCACUGGUGCAUCGUCGUCGCCUUCUUCCUGAUCCUCUCCUCCAUCCUGUGGAUCCCGAUUGUGGCGGUGCUGCGUUUGUGUGGCAUCAAGGUGGUGGAGGACUCGGAUCCCGCCUGGUUUCCCGAGGCGGAACUAAGGGAAGUCCAUGGCAUCGUGCCCCACGAACCAACCGAACUGGAACGCAGCAUUUUCUGCUUCAACAUGGACGGAACGGAGGGCAUGUGCUGCCCGAAGUAUGGACUUCCAGAGAAGUCCCUCGAGGAGGAGGAGUAGAGGCCCAGAGGAUCCCCGCGGAACAUACACAACAACGACAAUAAAACAGAUCAAAACCAAACCGAAAUAGCAACGGAGGAAAUAUAACGAAUCUCGAUGUAAAUAUGGACAAUAACUAAGCACUCACCGAUGUUAGGCGGCGUCGAUAUCAAAACACUCCUAUAUGGUCCCAAAGACUGUUCGAAGAUAAAACCAAAAACGGAAUCAAAAACAAAUAAAGCAAUGCAGCCACAACAAGGAAAAUAGGAAAAUAGCAAUAGUAGGUAUAAACUCGACGCUGGAUGCGCGGUUUCAUUCAAGCAGAAAGCUAUAGAAAAUCAGAAAACAUAAAAACAAAGGCCGUAAUCAAUGGAAAUAUUUCCGCAUAACUUCAUUACCAUGUGGCCAUAUAUAUAUGCGCGAUUAUUAUUAUUUCCACUGCCUUUUUCUUCUGGGUUUCUUUUUUUGAAAAGAAGAAAAGAGAGAGUGCUGAGUUGUUGUAUGGCCACCCUUAUAGGGUCCACAUAUCCGAUUUCGCUAGCGAAGAGAAACGCACUCUUUGCCACAUCCACGACUUGCUGACUAUAUACGAUAUAACUAUAUACGAUAACUACGCUGUAUUCUAGACUUAAUUGUUUGAUUUGACCAUAUCAUGCGAGCAUGGGGCACCACCUAUAAGAGAUAUAUAACUAUAUAGUGACUCUAUACCUACCACAGCUCAUUCUCUGUUGUGAUCAGCUCGGCUUUCUGUGUUUACUGUUGUUUAUCGAGGAUAAUGUUGCUCGUGCAGGCGAAAUCAUAUCACAUCCGAAACUAUGCUUAAAACUUUGAAAACCACUUUAACGUCUCAGUGUUAUUAUAGAGAAAUGGGAAGGGAGAUAUAUUGGACACGUGUUAUGUUUUGCUCUAAUCGAAAGUUAUACGAUUCAAAUUACUUGUUGAUAACCGAUAUCAUCGCCAUAGCUCUCCACUCCAUUGUACUUAUGAUCUACACACUCGAGAUUAAAUAGUGUAUCCGUAGCUAUAUAACAUAUUAUAUAUUUACAUUGAAAGUAACAUUAACAAAACGCAAACGCAACCGUUCAACUAGGUGGAAAAGGAACUCUAUAUACAUAUACAUAACUGGAGAAGGCAGCUUAGGGUUUAAUGACUCACGAUAUCAUCGCAUUGAAGAACUAUUAUUAUACAAAUAACGAAUAUAUAUAAACAUAUAUUUAUGUGUGUUGAAAUGCAGCUAAUGGGUGUGUGAAUUCGUCUUAAAAGAUCACGUAGAUGUUUUGGGUUUUAUUUUCCAAAGAACAUGGACGGUACUUGGCCAUUUUUAAUAUCGAGCAAAAUAGAAUACUCUUUUAAAUCAAUUCACUCGCCCAAAAAGCCAUUGAUUUCACUGUAUUAUAAAUUCUACAUUUAUUUAUGGUAUAUUUACAUCGAUAUAUUAUAUACAUCUAUUUAGAGCGAAAGGAAAAAAACAUAUAUUAUACAUGUAUUAAGUGUUAUUGAUGUUGACAAAAAAGAAACCCCUACGAAACGAGUUUUAAACCAAAACGAAACAUAUACGACCUUCUACUACCCGAAAAGAACACACAACCCACAGUUUGAAAAAAUCCAAAUGGAGUAUAAUGAAAAAGCAUAAAUAUAUUUACGUCGAAGCAAUAAUUAUAUAUACUCGAGGAGAUUCUAUUAUUAUUACUAUAUUGUUACCAUUAUUUUACUCGCUUUCAAGGGUCUCGUAAUUGAUGUAAAAUUCACUCAUUCGUACUGAACACAUGAAAUGAUGAUAAAGAUAAUACAACGUAUCAUAAUUUACUAAUGUUUAAUUCGCAACUGAUAAACCAAAACGAAAAUUCCAACUAAACGACAAUAAACAAUACAAAAAUUAA